CGGCGGCGCCGCCGCGCCGUGCCCCAUGCGCCGUUGCUGCCCGGCUCUCUGCAUCAGCACCAGCACCGGCGCCCGCCCCGCCGCCGCCGCCGCCGCCAUCGCCGCCCCCCUCCCGCCCGCCGCCGCCGCCGUGUCCCGCCCGCCGCUCCUGGUGCUGGUGCUGCUGCAGCGCCGCCCCGCGCCGCCCGCUCCUGCGCCUCCGCCGCACAAGAUGGCGGCCGGUGGGAGCGGCGGGGGCCCCGGGGGCCUCUCCUCCUCCUGCCCGCAGCCGCCGCCGCCGCCGCCGGGCAACGGCGCGGCCGCCGCCGCCGCCGCCUGCACCAACGGCGCCCCCCCCUCGCCUCCCGGCCUCACCUACAACCAGUGCGGCGCUGCCAACCCGGCGGCGAGCGGCGGCGGCGCGGGGGGCCCGGCGGCGGCGGCGGCGGGGGCGGCGGGGGCCGCCGGGGGGGCGGGCGGCCCCGGCGGAGCGCUGCAGCGGGAGCCGGUCUAUAACUGGCAGGCGACCAAGCCCACGGUGCAGGAGCGUUUCGCCUUCCUCUUCAACAACGAGGUGCUCAGCGACGUGCACUUCCUGGUGGGGAAGGGCCGCGGCUCGCAGCGCAUCCCCGCGCACAGGUUUGUGCUGGCUGUGGGCAGCGCAGUCUUUGAUGCGAUGUUUAAUGGUGGAAUGGCCACAACUUCUACAGAGAUUGAGCUGCCUGAUGUGGAGCCUGCUGCCUUCCUAGCUCUGCUGAAAUUUCUUUAUUCAGACGAAGUUCAGAUUGGACCAGAGACUGUUAUGACAACGCUUUACACAGCUAAAAAAUAUGCAGUUCCAGCCCUUGAAGCUCAUUGUGUGGAGUUUCUUAAAAAAAACCUCCGAGCAGAUAAUGCGUUCAUGCUGUUAACACAGGCAAGACUUUUUGAUGAGCCUCAGCUGGCCAGCCUUUGCUUAGAGAACAUCGACAAGAACACCUCAGAUGCCAUCAAUGCGGAGGGGUUUACAGACAUUGAUCUGGACACCCUGGUUGCGGUGCUGGAGAGGGAUACCCUGGGGAUCCGGGAGGUUCGUUUGUUUAAUGCAGUGGUUCGCUGGUCAGAGGCUGAGUGUCAACGGCAGCAACUUCAGGUGAUUCCAGAGAACAAGCGGAAAGUACUGGGCAAAGCGCUUUCUCUUAUCCGCUUCCCAUUGAUGACUAUUGAGGAGUUUGCAGCAGGGCCUGCCCAGUCGGGGAUCCUCACGGACCGGGAGGUGGUGAGCCUGUUCCUCCACUUCACGGUGAAUCCGAAGCCACGCGUGGAGUUCAUCGACAGACCGCGGUGCUGCCUGCGGGGGAAGGAGUGCAGCAUCAGCCGUUUCCAGCAGGUGGAGAGCCGCUGGGGGUACAGUGGGACUAGUGACAGGAUAAGGUUCUCAGUAAACAAAAGGAUAUUUGUAGUUGGGUUUGGAUUAUACGGAUCCAUACAUGGGCCAACGGAUUACCAAGUAAAUAUACAGAUCAUCCACACGGACAGUAACACGGUCCUGGGGCAGAACGACACGGGGUUCAGCUGCGACGGAUCAUCCAACACUUUCCGGGUCAUGUUCAAGGAGCCCGUUGAGAUUUUACCCAACGUCAACUAUACAGCGUGUGCUACUCUAAAGGGUCCAGAUUCCCACUAUGGAACCAAAGGACUGCGCAAAGUGAUCCACGAAUCACCGACGACGGGAGCCAAAACCUGCUUUAUGUUCUGUUACGCAGCUGGGAAUAACAACGGCACUUCGGUGGAGGAUGGACAAAUCCCAGAGAUCAUCUUCUACACAUAGUGCCGCUGCCGAGCUGGCUCUGGACUCUUCUGUUCUCUUCCCCGUGACCUUCCAAACUAAAUUUCUGGCUGAGUUUGACCACACCAAUUGGAGCCACACUAGCCAAAGGUCUCAGUAAAAUCAUUUCGAAGCUCAUGUUUUGCCUUGUGCUAGUGAUUCUGCUGCUAUCACGUACCAGACUAACUGGUAUACCAGUAUCAUUUGUAGGUUGUCUGUGGCUAGUCAUUUUUCACUUUACUGAUUAAUCCUAUCUAACAACAUGCGGUUUUUUGACUGUAAUGAAUGUAGAUGCUUUUCCACCGGUCAGAAGCAUGGAAACAAGUGGCUCUGGUUGUGGUUACACUUGCUGUGAGGAGAUGAUCCUGCAAAAAGACCCGGUCAGGGGCCGUGUGGCCCAUCCUCUUCUGCUCUAGCCCAGCAGCGGAGGCGAGACGCUUCGCCACGCCGCAGUGGCACGUGCGCCCGCCUUCAGAAAGUUCCGGCAAGUGGCCUUUGCCCUGAGGCUCCUGCUCUUUCAGCACUACGUGGUCUUGGGGGGGGGGGGGGGGGGGGAGGCCUCAAAACCCGAGCGCCUCCGGGGAGACUGCGGCGUUUUCGUGCUGUCCUGGCUGAUUUGUGACAAUCCUUUACCUUGGGCGGUUGGCGGCAGCGGCCUGACCUCCCCCGCCGGGCGGGCUCUCGGCUCCCCUGCGCGCAGCCCCCCGCGCUGGGCCCUGGGGCUGCUUCUUGCAAACUCCCGGCGCGGGGUUGGAAGGAUGGGUGAUCCUCAGAGAAACCCCCCCCGCACCAGGCGUUGCUGUGCUCCUCGCAGGUCGUGCCGGGGGUUCGGCAGCCGAAGCAAGCCCAGGGCACUUGCCUCGCCUGGCCCCCCCCCCCCUCCCUCCCCGUUCCUGCCCAUUGCUGCUGUUCUCAUGCACGUUUCAAUGCAUUUUCUCUUUUUGUUUCUGUGCGUUGCUAACCCGCCCUGGGCUGCGGCGGAGCCUGCUGCGAAACGGGGAGAGGGGCUUGCCGGGCGACUGCCUGUCGGCCGAUAACGCGGCGGGUGGACGAGGAUUUGGGAAACAGUUGAAGAAAACAUGCAGGAUUUUCCGUGGGCCUGCACGCGUUUGCACAGUCCACCGGUGUGGACGGGCGCAGGAGGAAGAUGCCAAAUCUCACCUGUUUCGGGGUCACUGAGCUCAGUAAUCUUGAAGACUCCCCCUCCUUACCUGCUCGGGGCCCGGCUGCUUUUCCCCAGAGCAGGUGCGGCUUUAGCUGAGCCGGGGAGGAGGUGGGUGGCUUGUGCUGGUCGCUGCCCACCGAUGAAGACGACGAGACUAUUUCCUCCCCCUCCUCUGCAGAGGAAGCUGUAACUAAACCCUCCGAAGUCUGCGUGGGGCUCGCUGGCAGAGGGUGGUGCCACCUCAAAGCUGAGGUUCCCCUUUGCGAACCUCCCCCCCCCCCCGGCUCCAGGCGCGCGGAGCCCUCGGAACUCGCCGGGCAGCAGUUCCCCCCCCUGUUGAGCUGCUAGAAGUUGAAACCUGCUCGUCCUUCGUGGUGCGGAGGGCUCGGAGCCUGCUCGUUUGCUGGGGGGGUGAGGUCUCCUCUGGCUCCCCCGGUCGGGCGCCCUCCCCGGGCUGUGGGUGGCCGGGUCUCUCCUCGUCGGCCGCGCAGCAGCGGAACUGUCGGCAACACCCUGCGCCUCCUCACCAGUAGCUGUUAGAGAUGUCAAUAGUGUGUUGCGUUCCCUAGGAAGACGUUGUAAGAUGUGGAUAUUGUAAGCCUGCUUCAAGGUAGGGUGUUUUUAAUAUGGCCAGUACUAAAAAAAAAAAAAAAAAAAAGCAAACAAAAAAAAAACAAAAACAAAAACAAAAAACCCACAAAAAAAAAAAAAAUCCCCAAAAUGGUGGGUCCAUGACUUAGUUAUUGAACCUGACUGUGCAAUGCAAGCAGUGUGAGAUGGAUUAACAGCCGGGGCCUGCUCCUUCCUGCGAGGGGGGCAGCCCCCCCGUCCUGGGGGCAGCGGCCGCCUGCGCCUGCCGGGGAGGGCUGGCUGCCCCCGGGCCCUUCGGGAUAGAGGUGGCAAUGGUGGGAAUAAUUAAUUGGAAUUUGAAAGGGGCAAAGCUGUGCCCUUGGCUGGGGGAAGAGCAGGACUCUGCGCAGGCCUUGCUCGGCGUCAGCGCCUCCUCCCGCUGGCUCUUCCCUGGAAGCAUCUGGUUUUUAUGGCUACUUUGUUAUGCAGAUUCUCUUCCCAAAUCCCCCCCCCCCCCGUCCUGCCCCACCCCACAAGGUCGGUCUGUCUGGUGGCUUGUCCUGGCGGGGAGGGCGAGGGGUCAAACUCUGAACUACACCUGAGCAAACUUCUGUUCUUACGGCUUUUAUGCAGUUUGAUGCAAUUCUGGCUUUUGUAGAUAGAUGAAUGUCAUUCAUUGUUGGACAUGCCUGUUUCCAAAAGUAUGAGACUUUCUGUUGUACCACGUCACCUUCCGAGCAGAGCUGGGACUGUCUCGACUCCAGUGCUGUAUUGAUGAAUGUAUCCGAUGCUCUCGUUCAGUGUUCACACCCUGCUUUUGGCCAGCUUUGUGAUUUGUAAAUAGGAAGUCAAUAAAGACAUUCGGGUUGUCUUUA